UCCUGCGAUACCCGCAAGAUGGAGGCCGGAAAAUGGCAUGACCUGUUGGAAAAGUUCGUUGAUUUUUUUCAACCGGCGGAUUGACUAGCAGCCACAGAAAGGGGUUUGCUAAGACAACUAGGUCACAACACACAUCCAAGAUGGAGUCACAAGGGUCAGGGAAGAUGCAAACAAUCGAAAUUGACAAGCUCAACGUGCAGCAGCUGAACCAGAUGAGGCAACAGCUUGACCAAGAAGUUGGCCUGUUUAAUGAUUCUUUACAGCAACUGAAGAUGGCACAGCAGAAGUUCGCCGAAUCCCUGGAUAGCGUAGAGCAGCUGACGCCGGAGAAGUCCGGAAAGGACAUCCUUGUGCCGCUGACGGCCUCCAUGUACGUGCCGGGCCGGCUGGUCGAUCCCGAGCACGUGCUGGUGGACGUGGGCACGGGCUACUACCUGGAGAAGACGACGGCUGGCGCGCGGGAGUACUUCAAACGGCGCAUCAAGUUCGUGACGGAACAGAUGGAGAAGCUGCAGACGAUCGGCAUGGAGAAGCAGCGGCUGCGCGACGCCAUCCAGGAGACGCUCGAGGCCAAGAUGCACCAGCUGGCGGCGCAGCAGCAGGCCGCGCAGAAGGCCGCCUCGUGAUGCGCCGCCGCGCCCGGGGACGGAGCGACGCGCGAGGCCCCGCUGUGGGCCCGAUGUGGCUGCCGCGCCCGGCCGGCCGGCGCUGGGCUGCGUGGCCGCCCGGCUGUGCCGGACCUGCUAAUGAGUGUCCGUGCCGCGUCGGACCGCGGCCGGCCCCAUCGCCGUCUGUUGAGGCGGCUGUGGGUGACGCCGCGGAGGCGAGCGGCUCCAUGCGCCUGCCGUCAGUGCAGGGCGUCGUGAUGGGACGCUGAGAUGGACUGAAAGGCAGCCAGUCGGUGCCGCUGAGAUAUUCUGCUACUGACCACUUCGUGCUGCUUGUUGCCACCGUUAGUUUGCUUUAUUGGAAAAUAUACAUGACCGGCCGCUGUUGA